AUGCUCAACGCCACUUUGGAGGACGUGGCGGCGCGGGGCGCGAGGAGCACGGCGUACGCCGCGGUGUUCGGCGCCGUGGCGGCGUUGGGCCUGCCCCUCAACGCCGCCGCGCUGUGGAUCCUGCUCACCCGCAACAACCUCAAGUCGCCCAGCGUCGUCUUCAUGGUCAACCUGGCGCUCUCGGACCUGCUGCUCGUCGCCGCCCUGACCACGAGGGUCUACUUCUACGCCGCGGGCGUCUGGCCCCUCGGCGUCCUGGCGUGCGUCUGGUUCACGAUGCUCUUCAUCAACAACGUGCGCUCCAGCGCCAUCUUCAUCACCUUCAUCAGCGUGGACCGGCUGUUGGCGGUGGUCUACCCCGUGAGGUCGCGACACCGGCGGACGGCGGCCAACGCCUGGAAGGCGGCGGCGCUCGUCUGGCUCUUCGUGAUGGCGGCGAACGUCCCCGAGAGCCUGGACUUCGCCGAUUUCCUGAACAACUCCAGCGAAUCCGGCUGUUUCGAAUUCUCCCGCGGGCCUCGAAGGUCCGUCGCGGCGUACGCGUCGCCCGCGUUGGUGCUCGCCAUGCUGGCGGUGAACGUGGCGUCCACCGCCGCGGUGUCUCUGACUCUGCGCGCGCGCCUCAACGACUCGGCGAGGGUGAAGAACAAGGUGAACGUCGUGCUGAUCUUCGCCGUGAACCUGGCAAUGUUCGCCGUGUUCUUCUUGCCCGCGUCGCUGGCCGUGUUCUUCGUCGGCUCGGCGCCGACGCCCACGCCGCUCGUCUGCCUCGCCAGCGUGAACUGCUGCCUGGACCCGCUGCUGUACUACUUCUCCUUCGACGGCUUCUGGAGGAGAGCUGAGCACGAGCGUCCGUGUCGGGGUGUACGAGACGAGGGAACGUCUCCGUCGGGUUUCUUUGUGUCUCCGCACCCUGAAACUCAGAGGACCGAUGACACGCUGCUUCAAACAUAG